GCGCGCAUGCGUGCGGGGUGCUGAGAGCCUCGACACCGGUUCGAGAGAGAGCUCUGCGGCGGCGUUGCGAUUGAGAAAGCCGGCCUCUCGGCCGCGGCCGGGCUCCGGGAGCUUUUCGGACGGCGCCGAAGCUCCCGAGGUCUGGAAGGCACAGAAAUGGAGCAAGAGCCCCAAAAUGGAGAACCUGCCGAAAUUAAGAUCAUCAAGGAAGCAUACGAGAAAGCCUUUAUAUUUGUUAAUAAAGGAUUGAGUACAGAUGAAUUAGGUCAGAAGGAAGAAGCGAAGAACUACUAUAAGCAAGGAAUAGGACACCUGCUCCGAGGAAUCAGCAUUUCGUCAACAGACCCUGAGCACACAGGGCCUGGGUGGGAAUCUGCUAGACAGAUGCAACAGAAAAUGAAAGAAACACUACAGAAUGUACGUACCAGAUUGGAAAUUCUAGAGAAGGGUCUUGCCACGUCUCUCCGGAAUGAUCUUCAGGAGGUGCCCAAGCUAUAUCCAGAAUUUCCACCUAAAGACACGUCUGACAAGUCGGCAGAGCCUCAGUCCCUUAGUUCACCUCCUCAGCACACAGAAGCGGAUGGAAACACUUCACGUGCAGAGUGGGUUCCGGCAGCCGCCUCUCUGCCCCUGCCUUCUCAGAGUCACCCAGCAGAAGCACCUCCUGCUUACACUCCGCAGGCUGCUGAGGGUCACUACACUGUGUCCUAUGGAACAGAAUCGGGGGAGUUUUCAUCAGUUGGAGAAGACUUUUAUAGAAAUCAUUCUCAGCCACCUCCUCUUGAGACCUUAGGGCUAGAUGCAGAUGAGUUGAUUUUGAUACCAAAUGGAGUACAGAUUUUUUUUGUAAAUCCUGCAGGGGAGGUUAGUGCACCUUCAUAUCCUGGGUACCUUCGAAUCGUGCGAUUCUUGGAUAAUUCUCUUGACACCGUCCUAAACCGUCCUCCUGGGUUUCUUCAGGUUUGUGACUGGUUGUAUCCACUAGUUCCUGACAGAUCUCCAGUUCUUAAAUGUACUGCGGGGGCCUAUAUGUUUCCUGACACAAUGUUACAAGCAUCAGGAUGCUUUGUGGGCGUCGUCUUGUCUUCUCAAUUACCGGAAGAUGAUAGAGAACUCUUCGAGGAUCUGUUGAGACAAAUGUCUGAUCUUCGACUCCAGGCCAACUGGAACCGGGCUGAAGGAGAGAACGAAUUUCAAAUCCCUGGCAGAGCAAGACACCCCUCUGACCAACUGAAGGAAGCCAGUGGCUCUGAUGUGGGACAGUUGGGUCCUUCAUUGGAACAGGGCAGUAAGGAUGUACGUUUUAAAGGAAAACGAGGGAAAAAGGUUAAAGGUACUUCAAGUGAAGAAGUUAAUCUGAGUCACAUGGUACCCUAUGAGCCAGUUGCAGAAGAAAAAGCAAAGGAAUUACCUGAAUGGAGUGAGAAAGUGGCUCAAAACAUUUUGUCAGGUGCUUCCUGGGUGAGUUGGGGCUUAGUCAAAGGUGCUGAAUUUACUGGCAAAGCAAUCCAGAAGGGCGCCUCUAAACUCCGAGAACGGAUUCAACCAGAAGAAAAACCAGUGGAAGUUAGUCCCGCUGUGACCAGGGGACUUCAUAUAGCAAAGCAGGCCACAGGAGGAGCAGCAAAAGUCAGUCAGUUCCUGGUUGAUGGAGUUUGCACUGUAGCAAAUUGUGUUGGAAAGGAACUAGCUCCACAUGUCAAGAAGCAUGGAAGCAAACUAGUUCCAGAAUCUCUUAAAAAAGACAGAAAUGGGAAGUCUCCUCUGGAUGGUGCUAUGGUCGUAGCAGCAAGUAGUGUUCAAGGAUUUUCAACUGUCUGGCAGGGAUUGGAGUGUGCUGCUAAAUGCAUUGUUAACAAUGUUUCAGCAGAAACUGUUCAAACUGUCAGAUACAAAUAUGGGCAUCCUGCGGGAGAAGCUACACAUGCUGCAGUAGACUCUGCCAUCAAUGUUGGUUUAACUGCCUAUAAUAUAGACAACAUUGGGAUCAAAGCAAUGGUGAAGAAGACUGCAAAACAAACUGGACACACUAUCCUGGAGGACUAUAAAAUAGUUGAUAAUUCAAAGGGGGGAAGUCCAGGAGGGAGAGCAAAUGUAAACGUGAAAGGGGAGAAGGAGGAGCUAGAGGAAAACGAGGCAAAGAAGAAAGAUGAAUGAUGGAAAUGCUGUGCCUCACCCAUACCAAAGCCUUACAAGAUGGAUGCAGUUGUGUUAAUAGGCAAAUGUGGAAUUCCCCACAGAUUAACCAGUAUUUAAAAAAUACUCAUUUCUACAAAGUGACCAGUUCAUAAGCUUUAUGGCAUAUAUUCUACUUGCAAGGAAAAUAAUCAGUAUUCUUUCAUCUGGCCUUCAGAAAUAAAAAGUUACGUACCCAGUAAGUUUUUUUUUUCCCCUAAAUGUGGCUAAAAAUAUUUUUGCAGUUAAAAUAAGAUUAAUAAUACAUGUGCUAUAAACCUCAUUAUAUCUAAUGUUAAACUAUUUUUAUAUUUGCUAUCUUUCAGAAAGCAAAGUAGGAAAUUAUAUAUUUACAUAAAAUUUGGCAUUUAGUAACCUUAGUUUUAUUUGUACUGGAAAGGAAUGACUUAAAAUAUUGUUUCCUCUUUUUGCACUAAUUGUAGAUUUUUUUGUUUUUUAGGUGCUUGUCAGAAUUUCCAGUAUGUAAACAAAACAAAAACUAUAUUCCUAAACUAAAAGAAUUCUCAGAUAACAUUUAAAACACUUUGUCAAAAUAGGGAAUAGACUAACCAUGACAAAUAAAAUGAGGUUCUAUAAAAUUAUUUAGUAGCUUACCUCUUUGUAAGGAAAUGUGAUAGCUUUUUUAAUUUAAAAUGAAUACAAAUACAUUUUUAAAUCUUCUGCAUUUAGACUGGUAUUGAUCCAUCAGAAGCCUGAGGAAUUUGGGGGUAUGAUUGGUAUUAUAUUAAAAUUUGAAGUUAUUAAUCAACUUAAUUGGACCAAAAAGUACUUUAUGAAAUCAUUUUAUCAUAUCUACUUCUGUAAGUUUUUCCAAAAGGCUAAAAUUUCAUAAAAACAAAUAUAAACAGUAUUAAGUUUAUGAAUGGUAAAUAUAAAUUUAUUUUGGAAUGCAGUCAUUGAAAUUUUAUAUAUUAAAAAGCCAAUAAAUUAUUAGAAAGAAAAGGUUUUAUUCAUAAUCAAGGUAAAGAAUGAAGACUUUAGGCGUAAUCUGUGCUGGGCAGGCAUAACAGUUUCCUCUUUAGCUGAAGGAAGAAUACUCACAGACCUCUAUAUAUGCUACAUAUAUGUAGGUAAAUACCUAAUGGCAUUUUAUUUUUGUUUACUGAUUUUAAAAGAAUGGUAUUGGUUUUCAUAGCUAUCAUCAAUUCUAAUAUUUUUGAACCUCUAAUGCGCUACUUAGUUUAUUAGACCUUAUUUUAAACUGUCUGAAUAAUGCACUUUGUGAAGAAGCUGUCUCUGAAUUACUUUGUCUCAAAUGUAUUCAUGGGCUUGUAUUUCGGGAACACAGAAUUGGUGGAGUCUUUCCCUAAGGCAAAGGAUAAUGUACUAGUUGUUAAAAUGGAAAUAAAAUUGAAUUUGCAAAUA